GCGAACACCAAAUUGGACUCCUCCGAAGCUCGCCCACCACUUUGUUUUGUCUCUCUCACAGCACAAACUCCAGCGUGCGUGCGCAAGCGUGCCAUCCACUCUUCAUGUUCCAAAGUUGCGGGGGAAUGCGCUCGCGUUUGAAGAGCGAAGGAGCACAAACUUCUCAAGGCGCACAAGAAAAGUGACUGGAUUACUCAUCUGAAGUGGAGUCCGACCGUCCUUCAGUAAACCAGAGGCCCCACUGCUUCUUAUACAGUCAACACAUUUUAAGAGUCUUCAAAAGGACCCGGAUUUCAACUUCGCAAAGGAUUUCCAGGUGUUGCAAGAGCCGGUACCUUCACCCAGCGGCCUGCUGCGGACCCCUGGGUGCUCUGUUGCCAUGGCUACCAACAGGGAACAGCAGGUGGGUCACAUGACCGGCUUCCCACCUGCUGUCUACCCCUUCCCAUUCAACUCCAUGAGAAGCCACUCCCCCUUUGACCUGCUGGCCAACAGCAGCCUGUUUGGGAGAUUUGGGGCCGACCUACCUAAAGAGAUGGCCGCUCUCUCGGUGGAGACCCAAAGCACCAGCUCAGAGGAGAUGGUACCCAGUUCUCCGUCUCCACCUCCUCCACCUCGUGUCUACAAACCCUGCUUUGUGUGCCAGGACAAGUCCUCAGGGUACCACUACGGGGUCAGCUCCUGCGAGGGCUGCAAGGGUUUCUUCCGUCGCAGUAUCCAGAAGAACAUGGUGUACACCUGCCACCGAGACAAGAACUGUCAGAUUAACAAGGUCACACGCAACCGCUGCCAGUACUGUAGGCUGCAGAAGUGCUUUGAGGUCGGCAUGUCCAAGGAAGCGGUACGCAAUGACAGAAACAAGAAGAAGAAGGACGUGAAGGAAGAGGUGGUGCUUCCCGAGAGCUAUGAGCUAAGUGGAGAGCUCGAAGAAUUGGUCAAUAAAGUCAGCAAAGCUCACCAAGAAACCUUCCCUUCACUUUGCCAACUGGGCAAAUACACCACCAACUCCAGCUCAGACCACCGUGUCCAGCUAGAUCUGGGGCUCUGGGACAAGUUCAGUGAGCUCUCCACCAAAUGCAUUAUCAAGAUUGUGGAAUUUGCCAAGCGGCUGCCAGGUUUCACCACCCUCACCAUCGCUGACCAAAUCACUCUACUGAAGUCAGCCUGCCUGGACAUACUGAUGCUGAGAAUCUGCACACGCUACACUCCAGAACAGGACACUAUGACCUUCUCCGAUGGCCUGACUCUGAACCGGACUCAGAUGCACAAUGCGGGCUUUGGACCGCUUACAGACCUGGUGUUUGCCUUUGCUGGCCAGCUUCUACCCCUGGAGAUGGAUGACACAGAAACUGGCCUCCUCAGUGCCAUCUGCCUCAUCUGUGGAGACCGCAUGGAUCUAGAAGAGCCCCAGAAAGUGGAUAAGCUGCAAGAGCCUCUACUUGAGGCUCUGAAGAUCUACGCCCGUCGCCGCCGCCCCAACAAACCUCACAUGUUCCCACGCAUGCUGAUGAAGAUCACCGACCUCAGGGGCAUCAGUACGAAGGGCGCAGAGAGAGCUAUCACUCUGAAGAUGGAGAUCCCAGGGCCAAUGCCUCCUUUGAUCAGGGAGAUGCUCGAGAACCCAGAGGCCUUCGAAGACCAAACAGAGUCCAACGAGAGCCCGCCGCCUCCGCCGCCGCCGCCGCCGCCACCACCAGCUCUGGUCCUGAAGCAGGAGGCUGAAGAUGAGGACGACAGCUGGGCCACAGAGAACGGCAGUGAGCCGUCGCCGGAGGAGGAGGACGAAGACGACGACGACGCGGGAGACGAGGAGCGAGACAGGGGCUCGGACAGUGACGGGGAGCCCUGGGGGGUUUUGGAUAACAUAGAUGGGUCGAGGAAAGGCCUCAUUGGGAGGGCACAGUGAACAGAGCAUUUCAUACACAGACACACUCAUGCACAUACAGAUUCUUCAUACACACACACACACACUUAUAUACGUACAGCAGACACACAGCACAACCUCAUUCACUUUCCCACCUCAAGAAAAUGCUGGCCUUCCCUCCCUCCCCCUUUUCUCUCUCCUUAACUGCACAUCAUUGUGUUCUCCUCAACAGAACACAGCAGAGCCUUAAGUGUACAGACACUUCUAUCUCAGGCCACACGGUCAAUGACGAGUGAACUGCAGAAACAUUAAGUCAAGGAGAGAUGACAGUAAACCAUAUGAACUCCUGGCGUAGCCACGAGGGAAGUUAGCGUGACAAAAAGAACAUAACCUCUUUGAGAAAGCUAAAUGUUACUUUUUUUUUUUCUCCUCCCCACUAUUGUUGUUUAUGUCUAAAUAGGGGAUCGGCCAACCACGCAUCAGAAACUGAGCAGUUGAUUUCCAAUGGAUUACAACAAGCACAUUUCUCACAAAGAAAACAAGAGUACAGGGCAAAACCAAAUUGAGUAUGCUAAUCUUUUGUUUUUGUGGUUAUUGCUUUUGAAUAUUGUUUUCAGUUUUUUUUUCUUUUUUUCAGUUUAUGAAUAAGUCCAUACAUAUCUAUAUACCAUUAUAUUUUGUCUUUUAUUUGUUAUUCUGGUUUUAUAUAUGAAUCCUUUAGACAAGUUUUUUGUUUGUUUUUUUUUUUUCUUUGAAGAGCUUUCCUGAGAAGAUAUUCAGAAGGAAAGAAGGGUAAUCAGAACUGGCUGGGUCUUCCUUAACAGCUACAUAUGCUUAACUCGGGCUUCUUUGAGCACUUUGGCUCACUGUGGAUGUCAAUGAUAAUCAACGCAGAGGACUAUUGUUUUGUUGCAGUGACUUAAUCAGUUUCUGUUAUCAGGGAAUUGGCAUUAUUCUAUUUUGCUGUUGUUGCAGCCAACAUAUGCUGUCAAUGCAGGAAGUAAGUAUCUCGGUGCCAAAGUUAGGAAAAGUCAUCUUUGGAGCGUGAGUUUUGACUACUGGCAGGGACUCCAGCUACAAUCCAGCAAUCCUCACAGCAGAGUGCUCACUCACACAUGCACUAAAAAAAAAAAAAAAACACACCCUCUAUCUCACCCACAGUGUAUACACAUAAAAAAAAACAAACACACACUCCUUUGACUCUACGCUCAUCGGUAGCAGAUGUGCCAACCAGGACAGAGAUUUAGACUUGACCAUAUAUGUAGCACUUUUGUGAUCCUCUAUCAACAUAAGGCACAUCUCCCCCGCUAAGAGUAGAGCUACUGUCUGUGAGCGCGCGUCUCCGUUAGCGCGACAAAAACCCAUGACAGCAUCAACACAUCGAAUACAAUCAACCUUAGAGCACUCCCCCGAUGAUGUCAGUAGAUGAAUACACACAUUCAACACAUACAAAAAAAAAAAACAUCCACACAUAGUAGCAUCGUAUGCAUCAACGAUUAAAGGCAUAUGCAAGCCGUAAAAGCAGGAAUCCUUAUGGAAGACAUUUUGGAAUCAGACUCAGGGCUUUUCAGUAAGGACCAAACCCUAGCUGCUUUCAGGCACGCUAGAAACAGGCAAUAUUUGUGUGUAUUCUUGACUAUGUGUGGAUUCUCAACCCCCUCUGUGCGUACGUAGAAGGUGACAAGUCUGAAAAACAGCCUGGAUGCCAGUCUGACUCUCCAGAGGGACGGGGCAGACUUUCAUCAUCAUCAUUGUCGUCAUCGUCGUCAUCAUCAUCAUCAUCCUCACCGCCCUGCCUGAAUUCACGCUGGCAUCCAUGCAGCAAACUGCCUUCUCAUCCCAAAAGCCAUUAUAUCAUCUUGUCUUCUUGUGUAUAUUCUCGCUUCUUUUCGAAGAAGAGCGGAGGAUUAUGUGUUCUCAUGUAUCAUUUCUUUAUUGCCAAAAUGUCACAGUAGGCGAUCAGCUGGGAAAACACGGCUGAUAUACAGUACAGAGGUUUUUUCUGUCUCUCUUUAAAGCAAUAUGAACAUUCUUUCUGUAGCAGCGAGUGGUCCCAUCUUCUGAAUAUGGGCAAAUCUCCUCAUUUUUGUUAAGUGUGUGCGUGCGAGUGUGUGUGUGUGCGUGCAUGUGUGUGCGAAUGCUUUACCAGGUUUUCAGUCAUUGGGUGGAUGUCCUCGGCAUGGUGCUGUCACACAAAAAAACUCUUGUGUGAUGACCUCAUCCUUUCUCUCUCUGCUGGGCUGUCACGAUGUAGUGACGGCGACGCAGGCAGAACAUUGAGAUUAUGUUUUCUUAUGUUUUUGUUCUUUCAACAUGGCCAAGGUGUUGUCUACCCUCUGUUUAUGUCAACUCUUGUCAUACAAAGAAAAGCCAUAUAAACAAUAAGAGGCACAAUAAACUACUUUUGUGAGA